GCUCAGAGGCCUCAGAGGUCAGCUCUAGCUGCCAGUGUUGGUAUUUUUUUUCUAACCACAACACCUCUUGCACAUCUGUAUUUGUCAAUUCCAUUUGUUCAAGAACAGUUAGUAGAAUCAACAGCAUUUGGCGAAUCCAGUAAUAACGUUAUCAGGCAGUAUCGAUCGUCCAGGAUCUCAGUGUUCGUUACAAAUUAAUUUUUCCAUCGCAUAUGAUAACUGAACUAUGGGAGAAAAAGUUAUUUUGGUAACCGGUGGGACCGGUCUCGUAGGUAGAGCCAUCGAGAAAAUUGUUGAAACUGAUAAAAGAGAUGACGAGAGAUGGAUUUUCGUUGGCUCCAAAGAUGCAAAUUUGUGUAAUAAACAAAGUACUGUUGCUCUAUUCGAUAAAUACAAACCCACACAUGUGAUACAUCUGGCUGCCAUGGUUGGAGGACUCUUCCACAACAUGUCCCACAAUCUAGAUUUUUUGCGCAACAAUCUUUUAAUGAACGACAAUGUCCUCCAAACAGCGCACGAGAGGAACGUUGUAAAAGUAGUGUCCUGUUUAUCAACGUGUAUAUUUCCUGACAAGACGACAUAUCCGAUUGACGAGACUAUGGUGCAUGAUGGACCUCCACAUCCUUCAAACUAUGGCUACAGUCAUGCUAAGAGACUGAUAGAUAUCGCUAAUCGUGCCUACUUCGAGCAGUAUCAGAGGAUGUACACAAGUGUCAUUCCAUGUAACGUAUUCGGACCCCAUGAUAAUUUUAAUAUUCAGUCUGGUCAUGUCAUACCUGGGCUCAUGCACAAGAUGCACGACAUCAUCAAGGAUGGCAACACAGAGGAAAAAGUCUUCACAGUACUGGGUACCGGCAAGCCCCUUCGCCAAUUCAUCUACAGUCUAGACUUAGCGAAGCUAUUCAUCUGGGUCCUCCGUGACUACAACUCCCCUGAGCCAAUUAUCCUAUCAGUGGACGAGACUGAUGAAGUGACGAUAGCACACGCAGCCCAGACGAUAGCAAAGGCCUUCGGUUUUCGAGGUAAAAUAGUCUUCAACACAAGUGCCUCUGAUGGACAGUACAAGAAAACCGCGAGUAAUAAAAAAUUGAGGGCUUUUCUGCCAGACUUUAAAUUCACGCCUUUUGACGAGGCUAUUAUAGAGACUGUCAACUGGUACAUUUCAAACUACCGACAAGCGAGAAACUGAUACGUUAUUACUUAUUUAUGCACGAAAUUUCACAUGAGAAGGAUCAUGAUAUUAAAAGUCAGAUUUCAUAAAUAUUGCCAUGCUCGUGGUGUUAAAUUUAUUUGGCCUUCAUGGUGAUAGUGAUUUCGUCGUAAUUGUUCAAGUGAAGUUGCCACGGUGGCAAUCAUAAAAACAGGAAUUUUUCGGAAUUUGACGAGACAUGGAAAUCACGAUAUUGUUAUUUUUGUCCUUCUCAUUUUUUCGUUAAUGUUUUAUUCAAUAAAAAUUCCAGCCAAAAUAGAUAAAUAGUAAAAGGCUA